GAAUGAUCUGAUCCUCGCACGGGUGGAAUCCCAAGUGGUAUUACUGCACAAGAAAAAAGCGCUCAGUUUCCCCCACGCUCGCGGAGAAUUCAAGGCAUCCCUGUCGUUGCACGGACCGAUAUUUCCACCAUGCGGUGUUUACUAACAUUGUGCCUGUUGAUAGGCGUACAGAUUAUAAUAGUAAACUCGCGCUCUGUGCGCACUAAAAGCUCUAAGCGGACGCUAAGCGAUGAAUUCAAGCACCAUAAUUACGACGAAACAUUGUCUUUCCUUAAAGAGCUCCACGGACAAUUCCCUAACAUCACUCGACUCUACAGCAUCGGGAAAUCAGUAGAGGGGCGUGACCUUUGGGUAAUUGCCCUAUCCAGCACACCCAACAAACACGAGCCUGGCAAACCCGAGUUCAAGUACAUUGCUAACAUGCAUGGAAACGAAGUGGUCGGCAAAGAAGUGCUGCUCACGUUUGCUAAAUACCUGUGCGACAAUUACAAGAAGGACGACGAAGUCACGAAGGCUCUUGACACGACGCGCGUUCACUUGUUGCCUUCUAUGAACCCGGACGGCUACGAGCUUGCGUUCAAGGGCGAUAACCGCAAAAACUGGAUCAUCGGACGCAGCAACUCCAAAAACGUGGACCUAAACCGUAAUUUUCCUGAUCAGUUCUUCAAGAGCUCUACAGGCGAGCCGCAGCCCGAGACGAAAGCCGUCAUGAAAUGGAUCAAGGAAGUUCCUUUUGUACUAAGCGCCAACUUGCACGGAGGAAGCCUGGUAGCGAACUACCCAUUCGACGAUAGCCCUAGCGGAAAGAGCGAGUAUAGUAAGUCCCCGGAUGAUGACGUAUUCCAGUCUCUGGCCAAGGCGUACUCGGAAAAUCAUCCCACAAUGCACCUGGAUAAUCCCCCAUGGGAGUGCCCUGAGGUCCCCCCGGAUCACUUCAAUGACGGUAUAACAAACGGCGCAAAAUGGUACAGCGUGUCAGGGGGGAUGCAGGACUACAACUAUGUGCACUCCAACUGCUUCGAGAUCACAGUAGAGCAAGGAUGCAAGAAAUUCCCGGCCGCAGAGGAACUGCCAAGAUACUGGAAGGAAAACAAGAAAUCCCUCCUCUCUUUCCUUGACAUGGUGCAUAUUGGCGUCAAGGGGUUCGUCAAGGACACUCAAGGGGUACCCAUCCCCGGUGCUCGCAUCAGCGUGGAAGGCCACAAGAAAGACAUAUUCACGGCGUCAGAUGGCGACUUCUGGAGGCUUCUAAAUCCCGGAGAUUACAAGGUCACCGCAUUUGCUGACGGCUUUGAAGAUCAGACGAAAACAGUGACCGUCAAUAAAGGUCCCGCCACUGAGGUGGAGUUCGAUCUAAAGAAAGGGAAACCGAGCAAGGAGAGCGACGAAGAGGGGAGUAGCAAGGGGAAGGAAGAGGACGACGGAAGCUUUGAGGUGUCACCCGAAGACGCACAAAAACUGAUGGAACAGGGAGGGAUGGGGAUGCCGCAGAUGGGAGGGGGAGGCGCUGCCAUGGGUGGCGGGGGGCAGCAGCCAAUGAUGAUGGGCGGUGGUCAAGGCAUGAUGAUGGGUAACGCCAUGGGCGGAGGCAUGGGUGGAGGCAUGGGUAUGCAGGGUGGAGGAAUGGGUAUGCAGGGUGGAGGAAUGGGUAUGCAAGACGGUGGUAUGGGCAUGGGCGAUGGCAUGAUGCAGGGCAUGCAAGGGAUGCAGGGUAUGUCUAUGGAUGGGAUGAAUCCUCAGCCAAUGAAAAUGCACGGCUCGGAACACAAGCCUCACAAGAACCUAGCUCACGCUAUUGGAAGCCUUGAUGACAGUGCUGACCUAGGGGGGUCCCCUGGGGAGUCAUUUACUGUAGGUGGAUCCCUAAUGGACUCGGAAAUUGACCGCGUCGCCAUGAUGUCGCCGUACGAGGCGCAAUCUAAAGAUAGCGAGAAUGCGUCAAUCACUGUCACUACCGACCACGCCCCAAUGGGUUUCACCGGUGACCCCGACACGCCCAUGAAGCGAUCAAAGCUUGGCAGACCAAGGAAAUAGAAACGUGAACUAACUUAUGCUUCCUUUGUACCGCAACACCCACUGCCGUGACUACCAAGACAGAGCACAUCAAUCAUUUUUUGAAAACGGUCUUUUUUUCUAGCCCGCCCGGCCAAUCCCUUAUUAGGACAUUACAUGCCAUAUUUUGAAGUCCGCUUCAGUCAUUUUAUUUUUUCGCUUUUUUGUCGCCUUAGAACUGUGUACAUCGAGAAUUUCCACGUUAACUUGCAGGAAUUCGUGUUAACUAUGAUUUUUUAAUUUUUUUUUUUUAAAUAAUUUUUCAAUAUGACGUUUUUAAAAAAUAACCCGCGCGCUAGUUCCAUGCCAAUCAGGUUACGAGAGUCAUAAUUUUGAUGAACACACAUUUCAUAGCCAGGAAGAUUCUGUCGUGUUCUGAUACGCAUUGUAAGCAUUUUUUUGUUUCGCUGUUUAACAUGUUAAGAUUACUUAUCAAAUAGUCAUGCUUUCGCAUCCUUAUUGGCUUACUUCGCAAAUGUAGCGCGCGUCGCAUUGUUAGGUCUACAAAAGGUUGCUAAGAUCGUUUCACUUGACGCGAAAGUUUGUUCGGUUUAUAUUAAUUUAUUUUUAAGUUACUUUAAGUGACUUUAUUCCGUAUAAUAUCGCUGACUGAGAACAGUGUUCGUAUUGGGGACUUUUACCCAUUAUUUUGUAGAGAAAAUCAGAAAAUUUUUGUGUACUGUCUAACUGCGGCUCUAAAACCACAAGACUAUUGUAGCAUGAUAAGUCGUACCGAGUCGCUUUGCGCAUUUGGUAUCCAUGUAAGAGGGAAAAAUCACUAUGAUAUUUGGCAUUCAAUGUAUCUUCUUAUUAUACACUUUUGUGUGAUGUUGAUGAAUUAUGCAGUUAUUGUAAAAAUAAAGUUUUGUGGACAUUUGUAUCAA